AGAUUCCUUUCUUUUUCUGUCACCAUCGUUGUUAUUAUUGUUACAUGUCGAAAAAGCAAGACAUAUCACUUAUUGUCUUAUCCCAUGGAUUAUGGGGCAAUAAGAACCAUAUGAAAUAUAUUGAAAACCAAAUAGCCAAACAAUACAAUGACAGUGUUCAUAUUUUAAAUUCAAGCGUGAAUGAAACCAAAUAUACGUAUGAUGGUGUGGAUAUUUGUGGAGAAAGAUUAGCAGAUGAUGUUGAAUCGAUGAUUGUUCGAUUAGGCAAAGAGGGGAAAACGGUCAAAAAGAUCAGCAUGAUUGGUUACUCAUUAGGUGGGUUGAUUGUACGAUAUGCUAUCGGUGUCUUGGGCCAAAGAAGACUGUUUGAUACGGUUGAGCCUGACUAUUUCAUCACAUUUGCUACACCUCAUAUGGGUGUCAAAGUACCUUCUUCUAAUGCUUUUAACCGUGUCUUUAACUUUAUUAGUGGAAGGUUAGUAUCUCGGUCUGGAGAACAAUUGCAACUACUCGACACAUUGGAUAAAAAAAGAAACAUGCCAGCAUUAGAAGUGAUGUCUGAUCCAGAACAAGUCUAUUUUAAAUACUUGUCCAAAUUUAAGACAAGAAGAGUGUAUGCAAACAUAGCAAAUGAUCGUACUGUGCCUUAUUGGACGGCAGGCAUUGAAACAUUGGAUUGCUUUUAUGACAGAAAAGGAAAACUAGACAUUAUCAUGGAUGAUAAGUACAUGUCGCUUAUUACAGCAUUUGAUGCUCGCGGUCCUAAUUAUAAAAAGAAAAAGAGAAAGACACCGAUCAAAAGAUAUGCUCUUCAAUUGCUUUUCUUUUGUCUCUCGCCCAUUUUAUUGCCUAUUUGGCUUACCAUUGUUCUCUCGGUGAUUGGCACGCAAGGACUUAUCAGUCGAUAUCGUACUUCUCGACUAUUGAAACAACAAACUAAACAUCCAAAACCAGCCGAACUAAGCAGACAGCCAAGUAUAGGAGAUCAAUAUAUUGAUGGUGGUAUCUUGGCUGGUGCUUUAGAUAUCGUAAACAUACCCGGUGAAAGUGAUUCACCUUUAAAUCAAGAUGAUAUAGCCAGUAAGACAACCAUCAGUCCAUUUGAUUACAAGAUCAAGCCAGGAAAAUCUUUAGAAAAAGACUUGAAGCCAUUGGCAUUGGACGAAACAACAAAACGUAUUCAUCAAAACUUGAGUCAACUUGAAUGGGAGCGAGUCUGGGUUUAUAUCAGAGGAUUUAAUGCACACGGAAGUAUUGUCUGUAGACAAAAAAUGUAUGCCGCAGAAGGCGGAAUGGCUACUAUACAACAUUUCCUAGAUACCACAUAUCUCUCUUUAUAAUAAAGCACCUUUUUUUUUAUUAAUGGAAU